CCUAACCCCCCAUCUACGGGCUCGGAUUCAGCAGACCCGUCAGGGCGCAAAGUCCCGUCCCUUGGCACUUGGUACUGCUCGAGGCUCAACCAAUCACGUUGCACACACUCCUUUGAUCCGGCCUCAAAUCGUCCGCUGGACGGACCCAACCCUCAAAAAGAUCGAGGACGAGUCAUUCCUCCGACUCAUCCUCACAAUACACAUCCAGAACGAGCAUGUCGCAAUCAUCUUCGGCUCCUGCUUCGUCACUCAGCACACGCCUGCGCGUACACUCACCGAGGCGGCCGCACGCUCUCACUUCGCAUGUGCGGGUAGCAUCCGAGUCUGCAUCCACUUCCAACGCGACGAGUAGGAGUGGAGGCGUGCUGGAACACCUGGCCAGGCAGGGCAUCCGCCGGACGCAGGACGUCAAACCAGAGGACGCGUGGGGGCUGUAUGGCUUUCGGAAGUGUUCCGCGCCCGUGGGCCGGCAGAAGGACUCAUUGGGCGCUGAGGACCAAGACCACAGAGAUACAGGAAGCGGAGACGGGCCAAAGAUCCCACCUGUGUCGGAGCUCAGGACAUUCUCACCCGCGGACAAGGGGGCUUUGAGCUCUGCAUCUGCGCCAGUCCCGGACGGCUUCGGCGGCUAUCAACUAACACCAGAGCUCUUCCCUUCCUCUCCAUCCCCAUCGCCAGCCUUGACAUUUACCCACUAUGCAGUGGCACCUGCGCCACCUGCAGCAAUACGCCCCCUAGCGACAACACCGCCCGCCGCGCGAAUCCUCCCUGGCCCGGCGCCCAGCUCGGCAGCUCCCGCCUUCCAGGGAGGCCCGGCGCUAUCGCCCUUAGCCCUGCCGCGCAUGCGACCGCUGAGCACGCCAGAUGCGCGGCGGACGCCUCUGCGUCUGCCUGCGCCACUUGCUGCGAGCAGCCCCCACCUCCUGGCUGGCCCGCCCGCUCAGCCGGCGGCGACGGACUACGCGCAGCCGCAGCAUGCCCGCCAGAUGCGCACAGUCAGCGCUGCCACGGCUCGUCUUGACCAGUACGACCCGCGCUCCGGCAUGUCGCCGUCGCUGAUCCAAGCGCAGCAAGACCGCCUGCGGCACUGGCGAUGGAGCGCACCAGUCCAAGCGCCGCCGUCAUUACCUCAGCCCGGAAUGCCGAUGCAGCAAUACGCCAGGUACCCGACGACAGCGAUCGCACCGAACAGCCACCGAAGGAGCCUGCCGCCUUCGCCGCUCACGCGCUCCUUCAUGGCCGCGGACGGCAGCGAGGUUUCCGCAGCCCCAUUCAGGGGAGCCAUCUCGUCGUCGCCCCCGUCGCUGUCAUUGUCCUCGUUACCCUCCGCUCCACACCCACAGGCGUUCGUACGCCAAUACCCCGCCGCGAGCGCCAACAUUGUCUUGAAGCCCGGCAUGCUCGCCCCCGCGUGCAUCUCCAGGUCUUGCUCUGGCAGCGACGACGCCAGCGGUGGUGCAUGCGGCGCAGAGCCGCGGCUGAUCCAGUCCGUGCAGCGCCAGGAGCAGAAACAGGGACAAGGGCAACGUGCGCAAUCGAGCCCGAUGCUCAAAAUCGCCGCUGCUUUCAAGUAUGCUGCUGCGUUCUCGCACAACCAGCUCGAAAGCAGGGAAGUAAAGAGAAAUGGGGAUGUUGCUUCGAAAAGCCAGCAGCAGCAGCACGGUCGCCGCUUGCAGAGGCGUGCACGCGGCAGCUCGUUGAGUGACGAUCCGGCGCAGGGGCAUGUUCAAGACGCGCCAAGCUCGCCUCGGACUGAGGCGACCAGCAGGACGCAGAGCUUGCUGUAUAAGAUGCGCAACGGCCGGAAAGGCCCUGCGUCUGAUUCAGUCGCAGCGGCCUCCGCGCCGCCGGUGCCGCACGGACACGCCAUGCCAUCAGAACCGUGGAGUGCAGCUCGUGGGCCGCGAGGCGGCGUAGCGCAAUCUGCGGGAUCGCAGCGCCGACAGUUUGCCGGUGAGCAGAGGCAAACCAGCUCGCUCAGGCGCAGCGACCGCUCUGCAUUUCUGCAUCCGCAGCAACCCGCAUCCAACUCGGUCGCGGCGGUUGAGAUGUCGCGCCCCAAGAGCGGCAGCCGCUCGACGCAGCAUUCUAGCUCAUCCAAAGCUAGCUUGUCUGCCUACCAGCCUAUUUCUGGCUCACAAGGCAGGAAGCGGGCGCUACGAUCGGGAGCAUCUUCAUCGUCCAUCACCUCUGCGUCCUCUCGGCACACGCAGCACUCCCGCGCAUCGGCAUCUUCAUAUUCAUCGUCAUCAGUCUCAGCCUCGUCGCGCAGCACAGGCCACUCGUACCGCCGCAUCGCGCUGACCGCAGCGCAAGAGCUCAGCCGAGCGCUCGGCAGCGCGAGCCAGAGCAGCGACAGUCGCUAUGCCAUCUGCGCUGAAUUCAGGCGCGACUCGUCGGGGAGCGCCAGUGCUCCACCGAGUGUCUGCGUCAGUAGGAAAUCCAGUGAUGCCAGUAAGAACACUAAGGUAAGUGAUGGCUGUGUCCCUGUCCAUACUUGACCCCAGCUGACUUCGACUGGUUCUCAUGGCGAUUGCAGUCUUCAAAGACAAGCAUGAGCAAGUACGCGCCGAUGAAGUCGUACGCCGACGCGGUUCGCUCCGCGGCACUUCAGGUGCCACCUCGCCCGCAGCCUGCAGCAGCGUUCCUCGCAUCACCU